GCUUACUUUGAUCUGGCACGUUCUGACAGCUAGCACGUUAGCGCGGAGAUGCUAACUAGCCGAAAGUCCUCACACACCAUGUCCGUUAAGUAGUCCGCACAAAGUUAAAAGCACGAAGUGUUUUUGUAGUUUAAGUCCGUGAACCCCUCACUGUCCGAGGAUGUUUUCGUCUGCCUGGAAUUUUGUUAAACGCCACAAAAGGAAAUUUAUUUUCGCCGGAGCUGUAGUUGGUGGGGUGUACUUCCUGGGUAAAUAUGCCCAGAAGAUGAUCAGGGAGCUCCAGGAGAAGGAGGCGACGGAGUACAUCGCUCAGGCGAGAAGGCAGUUCCACUUCGAAAGCAACCAGAGGACCUGCAACAUGACCGUGCUGUCCAUGCUCCCUCCACUGAGAGAAGCCAUCGUCAGUCAACUCAACUCAGAAAGUCUCACUGCGCUACUCAAGACCAAACCAGCCAAUAAGCUGGAGAUCUGGGAGGAUUUAAAGAUCAUCAGUUUCACCCGGACUGUUGUUGCCGUGUACAGCACCUGCAUGCUGGUGGUUUUACUGAGAGUCCAGCUGAACAUCAUCGGAGGAUACCUGUACCUGGACAACUCUGUAGGAAAGAAUGGAACGACUCCUCUUGCUCCCCCAGACGUCCAGCAGCAGUACCUGUCCAGUAUCCAGCAUCUAUUAGGAGAUGGUUUGACAGAGUUGAUGACAGUGGUGAAGAAAGCAGUACAGAACUCACUGGGAGGAGUGUCUUUGAAGCAGAGUCUGUCCAUGCUGGAGUUGGAGCAGCAGCUGAGUUGGAUCAGAGCGGAGGUGGAGUCCGGCUCGGAGCGGUCGCUGUCCUGGUACAUGCUGGCCGACGACGAGAACGCGCUCGCCGACCAGGCGUGCGGGCUGACAGAAAACGACAUCAUGACCAUCAAACUGUUAAACGAGACCAGAGACAUGUUGGACAGUCCAGACUUCAGCACCGUCCUAAACGCCUGUCUGCACCGGGGUUUCUCUCGUCUCCUCGACAACCUGGCUGAGUUCUUCCGCCCGCCUCCCGGUGACUCCGCCCCCAGCUCUGCACCUGACAGUCUGUCUGCAGUCAGUCUGCCGCUGGCGAAGAUCAUCCCAAUCAUCAACGGUCAGAUCAACACUAUCUGCAGUGAAACUCCCAGUCACUUUGUUCAGGACCUGCUGCUGAACGACCAGGUGAAGGAGUUUGCAGCUAACGUCUAUGAGACCUUCAGCGCGCCGCAGGAGCUGCAGAAAUAAUCAACCAAUCAUGAGGAGGAGCAGACAGGGUAAAAACAGAAACGGACGGUUUACUCCUCCCUCCUCUCUGAGAGACUUCUCACUCUGUGACGGUGAAGAUUUGUGGUGAAAACGUCCACAACAAAACAUUCACAGGAGCAUCUGUGUCCUGAGAGCAGCGCCAUGAUGGAUUAUUGAACUGAGCGAGUAGGAGGAGGAAAGAAGACCUGCACCAGGUUUGUUCUCACAGCAGAGCCUGUGAUAAACCCCAGGACCACAGCAUCAUGGGAACUGGAGUCUUGUUUAACCUGGUAAUGUUUUUAUUUACCCUGAGAGGAAAACACAGACUGUGGAAAGGUGCGGUGAAGGAUCAGGUGCUGCUGAUCUCCACGUUUUCACACAGAAGGACACUGAAGCAACAUUAGUUUCAUUUGUCAGUUUUAGAAUGAUUUUCCUUUUCUGUCGGCGGCGGUGAGUGUUUUAUGUCUGUUCACGUCUCCACCUGUUCAGUCUGCACCUCAGCUCAAGAGUUUACUAAGUGUUAGGUUUUCUUUUUUGUUUUUUUUUCAUGACUUAAUCCAGGUGAUAGAGGGUUGUGUGUAGGGCUGUACGGUGAUGAUACUCAGAGUUUUUAAAUUUGACCAUUUUUGCAUUUUCUUGUCAUGGUGGAAAAAAUCUGUUGGUUAUUUGGGGAGAUUACAACUUCUAAAAACACACCAAUCAAACACUGAGGAUGAAGAAGCUGAUUAACAUACAGGACUUUAUCAGUCCAAAUCUUAUUGUUAAUUAAACACCUCUACUGCUGCAGAGUCAAAACAAAUCAUCGAAAAUAACAUGACAUACAGACUUCAAAAUUCUCUGGAGAGCACUUAAUGAUUUCAGUCUAUCAGUUGGUGUUUCAGAACUUUUAAUUAAGACCAGCAGGUGGCACUCUUCUCCAGCCUUUGUGGGAAUCCUUCUGCACACAGGUGAGGGGGGGUGUUUGUAAAGUUUCAGUCAAAUUAAAUCUAAAUGUCUGUGUGAAUCAGUUGCAGUACUGUACUGAAGUUUUACUUCAGUGACAUCAGUCAUUUUGUGGGAACGGCACCAUAGUUAUUUUUGUCACAAAUAGCAGGUAAUUUGUUUGUAGAUCAGUGUUUCCCUCAUCUCUCUGUCAGUGUGUGUGACUCCCUGCAGAGCAGAAAUGAGUGUUAUUUGUUGUGAUUACAAGUAGAGCUGCCACGAUUAUUUUCAUUCUUGAUCAGUUUAUUUGAAAAAUUCCUGUUAUAGUUCUAAACAUCAAGUUUAAUAUCACGUGUGAAAAAAACAGCAUCAAAUCCUCAAAUUUAAGAAGCAGAUAUUUAACCUUAUUUACUGUUGACUAAUCGUUGUAGCUCUAAUCACAACACUGUUCUCCAGAGCUGCUCUUUAAACUGCACAGUGGUUCUCAGUCUUCCUCCUGUGCUGCAUGUCUCCUGACACGUGAACUAGGUGUUUUCAGUCAGUGGAGAGCUGAUGAACAUACACACACCUGAUUCCACUCAUCAUCUGUGGAUGGAGCUUGCUGAGAUGGAAAAACAUGCAGCACCUGGAGACCCAAAGAACAGGAUUAAAGUCUGAGUCAGUGAGAUGAGGGGAAGGUCACAAUUCCUAGUUUCAGCGGAGCGAUCGGUCAGUGACGAGUUUCACUUAUGAAUUCUGUCUAAAUCGUGGUGUUUCUCAUUUUGUUAUCUUAUACUACUACUACAAACUUUUCAGCUUUUUAAAAUUUUGAUUACAGGUACUUUAGGUCAGGCAGGUGCCUGCAAUCAGAGUAAAAAUACCCUUUAGAUUACAAGAUGAUUUAAGUCACCUCAGUGCCACAGAGAGGUAAUGGAAAGUUUGUCUUUUUAAAUCUGCAACCAACUCCUCACUCAGCCGCUCAUCAGGAACUUCAUGACAAAAUGAGAAGAUUUACUUUCAGACAUUUUAUUCAGCCCAAACCAAACCAGUUUUAGCUGAUGAAUUUGAUUCAGUUCUGUGGCUUGAAAGGACAAAAACUCCCAGCUGCUAAACUCUGCUGAUAGAAGAAUAGAAUCAGGCAAACUUUCGUUUUCACUCUCAAUCUCACAAAACAGAAAAACGGUCGAAAAAAAUGCUUUGGUUCUUGGUGAGAUUUACCUGAAAAAUGUGAAUCCACCUCCUGCGGUCUUUGUCUGUGGAUGACGGUUUUUGUCGGGACAGGUGUCACAGUUUCCUUCUCAGGAGAUUAGAAACCAUCAGGUGGCAGUUCUGCUAACUUAGUUCCUGAUUCCUCUGUUGCAUAAUAAACACAGUCAGGUGAGAAUGUAACCUCUGUAUAUAAUGGAGGAUGUUAUGCCUUUUGAAGCAUAACGUCCUGAAUGACAGCUGAAAUGUAUGUUUGUAGAAAUUUAUUGAAGAGAUAAAUAAAUAAAAGUAAAAUGUGAUUUAAUAAAACA